AGGAUUCGCCCGCAUGUAACAGAAUGCAAGAAGCAUCAGCAGGAGGAGGAGUUCUCAGCUUUUACUCCCGAGACAAUUCAGAGCGAGAAGAGAAAUUUCUUUACGCGAGCACGGCAAAGUGCCUAGCGCCGAGAGAGCAGGUCACUGAGACCGUUUAAUGAGCUACAACUCGCCUCACAUUUGUACUUCUGCUGGGUCUUAACAGUCCCAAAUAAUACCUCUUCUUUUCCUUCCCAGCCGUUUCGAAGAGUACUUUUGGGUGGGACUGUCAUCCGUUUCAUUCAUUGUUUAUCAUCAUCGUAUUCGACCGCGCUCUCUCUGGAAGGAACGAGGGCGUCCACCUCGUGGAUCUCUGCGCGAGGAGCUGAAACGGCGCCAGGCUGUGCGAGUCACGGAGCUGCCCUGAGACGCGGGCGCCCAUGGAGGGAGACGUUAUGGACAAACUGGAAGACACGUCUUCAGUCUACGAGUUCGAUCCGUUCACUGGCAAUAUCCCGGCCACCAAAGUAGAAAUAACGGUCUCCUGCAGGAACCUUUUAGACAGAGACACCUUCUCCAAAUCAGACCCAUUGUGUGUCCUCUACACCCAGGGAGUGGAAACCAAACAGUGGAGAGAGUUUGGAAGGACAGAGGUGAUCGACAACACGCUGAACCCAGACUUUGUCAGGAAGUACAUCCUGGACUACUUCUUUGAGGAGAAGCAGAACCUUCGCUUUGACUUAUACGAUGUUGAUUCCAAAAGCCCCGACCUGUCCAAACAUCCCCCCGACCAGAACGACUUCCUGGGCCAGAUGUUCUGCACCUUGGGAGAGAUCGUGGGCUCCCCUGCCAGUCGUCUGGAGAAGCCACUUGGGGGGAUCGCAGGGAGGAAAUGUGGAACCAUCAUCCUCUCUGCUGAAGAGCUGAGCAACUGCAGAGACAGCGCCACGAUGCAGUUCUGCGCCAACAAGCUGGACAAGAAGGACUUCUUCGGGAAAUCUGACCCCUUCAUGGUUUUCUUCCGGAGCAACGAGGAUGGAACGUUCACCAUCUGCCACAAGACGGAGGUGGUGAAGAACACCCUGAACCCCGUCUGGCAGUCCUUCACCAUUCCCGUCCGUGCGCUCUGCAACGGCGACUACGACAGAACGAUCAAGGUGGAGGUGUAUGACUGGGACAGAGACGGCAGCCACGAUUUCAUCGGGGAGUUCACCACCAGCUACCGGGAGCUGGCCCGGGGACAGAGCCAGUUCAACGUGUACGAGGUGGUGAAUCCCAAAAAGAAAAUUAAGAAAAAGAAGUAUGUUAAUUCUGGAACGGUGACGCUGCUGUCCUUCUCGGUGGAGUCCGAAUGCACCUUCCUGGAUUACAUCAAAGGAGGAACCCAGAUCAAUUUCACUGUGGCCAUUGAUUUCACUGCCUCCAAUGGUAACCCCUCCCAGUCCACGUCUCUGCACUACAUGAACCCGUACCAGAUGAACGCGUACGCCAUGGCCCUGAAGGCCGUGGGCGAGAUCAUCCAGGACUACGACAGCGACAAGAUGUUCCCCGCCUUGGGUUUCGGUGCCAAGCUUCCUCCCGAUGGCCGGGUGUCCCACGAGUUCCCCCUGAACGGCAACAUGGAGAACCCGUACUGCAACGGGAUCGAGGGCAUUUUGGAGGCGUACCAUCAGAGCCUGAAGAAGGUCCAGCUGUACGGCCCCACCAACUUCGCCCCUGUAGUCAACCACGUGGCCAGGUACGCUGCUGCGGUGCAGGACGGCUCGCAGUACUUCGUCCUCCUCAUCAUCACCGAUGGCGUUAUAUCCGACAUGGCGCAGACCAAGGAGGCCAUUGUGAAUGCUGCUAAUCUACCAAUGUCUAUCAUAAUAGUGGGAGUGGGCCAGGCUGAGUUUGACGCCAUGGUGGAGCUGGACGGGGACGACAUCCGAAUCUCUUCGCGAGGGAAGCUUGCAGAACGAGACAUCGUGCAGUUUGUGCCGUUUCGGGAUUAUAUGGACCGGACGGGGAACCAUGUGCUGAGCAUGGCCCGCCUUGCCAAGGACGUCCUGGCGGAGAUCCCCGAUCAGUUUAUCUCCUACAUGAAGUCUCGGGGCAUCAAACCCAACCCGUCCCCCCCGCCCUACACGCCCCCCGGACACCCCCUGCACACGCAGAUUUGAGCUGACUUCCUGGGACGCCUCCGAAGGGGGGAGGGGGGGUGAUUUCAACCCCCUCUGAACUCUGGGAAACCCUGUGGAACUGAACUACCGCGUCAACUGGUCCUUGGAGCGCGGAGAUGUUUGAAGGCACAGUGACAGUAUUUUAUUCUUGGGUGGGGGGUGGGGGGGGGCAGUGGUGGUUGGAUGGUUGGGGCUGAAGAGACUGCUUGACUCAGAAAUGAUCUGGAGUACUUUGGGUGGUAAAAAAAAAAGCAAAAAGCAUGGAGAUGGGGGAGUUCUGGAGUUCUCCAUCUUGUGAACGCGUGAGAGGUGAGGCAGGUGGAGGUGAGAUGGUGGAAGAGUGGUGGUGUUUGUGGUUUAAACUGUGCCUGUAUGUCCUCGUGUCCGUAAGUGUUCCAGACAGUUCCACGUGCCCUACUUUGCUCUCUGAUGCCACUCUCCCUCGGUGUAUUAGGGCGUGUGCGUUCAGGUGACGUCUGUAGAUACCUUUCUCAACGGUGUCUCUUGGGUUUCCAUGUGGUGAAUCGUAGAGUUUUAACUAUUUAUUGUGGGGAGAAGAUGUGGAAUCCUCUUAAAUAUUUUUUCAUCAUGGUUAUUUGUCUUUUGCUGAUUAUUUUUCAGAGCAGUGAUCCCACACCUGACAUUUCAUACAGAGUUUCAAAACUUGGGGUUGUGAGGCAGUGGUUACAGACAUGUCGUUGACAUCCGCACAUUGCAGUUUCCUGGUGAGAAAAUGCUGUUGGAGUUUAUCUGUUGGAUCUGGGUUUUCAAGGGCAUAUCCAAUCAAAUGCAUGCACUGAUGAUGCUAAGAAGAAAGCACAAAUAUACUGUAGAUAAUAUUUUCACGUCAGUCCGUUAUAACUUUGUUAAUCAACAACAACCAGAACAACAACAAUAUUAGGUAAUCAUUUUAACAAGUAGAGUACCUUGUGAUUAUAUAUUUACUUAAAUGAAUAAAUAAUUUACAACUUGUAUAUUUACUUUGCUCAAUAUUUAUGCCAUUAGAAAUGAUUUAUAUUUAAAAAAUUGAUUUGAGCGCACAUUUAUUGUGUCUGUUCACGCUGAAAUAGCAAAAGCCUGCCAGCAGUUGAUUGGCUGGAUUGACAGGGCUGUGCUCUUGAAGGUGGAAUAAAGGGCAGCAGGAUUCAUUAUGCAGAAGUUGACCCCUCCCCCUUUUCUCCCGCUUGAUGUUUGACGGACACAUGCACGCUGAUGGAUGACCUGCGUUCAGGAAUCGUUUAAGGGGCUUUGUUUGUGAGGCGGUGAUCCAUACAUCAUGCCUGUCCGGGGGCAGCCUGAGGACAAGUUCUUACCGCCGCCGUU